AUGAAAACCAGCGUUAUUCCCAACCAUGAAAAACAUUUUCAACGCGGUGCUUUGUCCGAUAUUCGUAGCCCAUUAAAAAAAUCUGGAGCUGGUAAUGGUAAUUGGGGUGUCCUUGGUGAAGAAAUUCUUGACGAGGAAAUAUAUCGAUUUGCUCCAUCAAAAUCAGAUUUAUCUCAUAUAAAGGUCAUCGAGGCUGAAGAAUUUAGUAGGCUAAAAUCCGCUGUCAGCUUAGCAUAA